AGCCAUGGAGGUGCCUGCAGGGCUGGCUGGUGGGAGCGUGUCCUCUGCUGCAGCUCUUCCCAGCACGUCACAGCCAGCAGCAGUACAGAUCACUGUCCUGAAGGCGCAGGACCUGAAAACUCUCAAAAGCGACGUGCUGGUCACGUUGGUGCGUGUGGAGUACAACGGAGCAGUCCUGGGAGACUCCUCCAAGGCUGAUGUCUUGCCAGACGGGACAGCAAACUACAAUUUCACGACUAGCUUUGAGUGCAGGGCCGACGGGCCCAACUCCUUGGAUGUCAUUGCGCAGAAACCGCUGCUCGUGACUGUGGUAGAAGUGGGGCAAAAAGAGAAGAAAAAACAGGAGAAGACUGCACCUCUUGGCCAAGCUGUGGUGGACCUUCUACCUCUGCUACAAGGAGAGUGUUCAUUGAAGGUCUCAGCUCCUUUGUAUGCAGUGCCUGCCUCCCCAUCAGAGAGCCCACGCCUGGAGGUCACGGCUGGCCUUGAAGUGACAGUGUGCACCAAAGAGCCCCUGCUCUCUGCCACGGAGUUCUCAAGUGGGAGCCUCCUGAGUGUCACGCUGGAGGCAGCUUAUUCUGUUCCUGAAGCAUUUACCACUGAUUCCCAGCAAAACUACAUGGCUUGUUUGCAAGUACCAGCAGCUGGUGAGAAGGAACUCCUCUUGCUCUUCAGGAAUGGCAUUGUGAAGGCCAAUGGUGAAAAAGAACCAUUACCCCGGCCCAAAAACUGGCCCCUUGGUAACAUCCUGGCCCCUGGUGCCCUGAGCAUACCCAACUCCUUCAUUGUUGGAGGGCCCUAUGAGGAUGAGGAUGGAGAGCUCACCAAAAGCGAGGAUAUGGAAUUCAGGAUCCAAGCAGAAAGCACAAAGAGGAUCGUCUGGGACGUGGAAAGGCGCUGUUACCUGGAUGCUGCUGCAGUAGCUGUGCUGCAGAAGCGCAUCGCGGAGUGUCGGUACUGGCCCGUGGAGCUCUGCAGGGUGUCCACGGCCCCAGCCAGCAAAGGCAAAGCUAGCAAAGCUGACAAGGGAGAUGAAACACAGAUUUCCUUCCAUGGUGUGGCAUAUGUCAACAUGCUGCCUUUGCUGUGCCCUGGUGUGAAGGAGAUCCGAGGAGCUUUCCGUGUCUUUGGCUACCAAGACAGUGAGGUGUUUGAGAAGACCAAAAGUCAGCACAGUAUUUUCUGGGAACUCAAGUCACAUCUCAGUCUGCUCAAGGAAGGGCUGGGGACCCCUCCCCUUCCCAGUAAGACUCAGAAGGAAGACAAAGAUUCCAACAGAACGAGCCCAUCCAAAAUCCAGUUGUCAGAUGGCACUGGAGGACCUGAAAGUACCAGAAUUUGCAGCGUUGAUGGACAGCAAUACAGUGAGGCAGGAACGUUCCUGGUGCUGGAGAUAAAGCUGGACAAGGCCUUGGUCCCCAAGCGGCUGCGGGAGGAGCUCACCCGCCGGGUCAAGGAGAUGAUUCCUUCUCGCCCUGCACUGCCUGCCCAGACUGAAGGAGCCAAGAAGGUGGUGGAAGAUUAUCACAAACGUGUCACGAGCGUUGCCAAUGCCAUCCUGAGUGAAUACCACAAGCUCUUUGGGAAGCAGCUGCCUGACCAGGGAGCAAUAGACCACCAAACCCUGGAGGAACAGAAGCGUCAGCUCAACUAUGAGCUCAACACCUCUGGGAAAUAUUUUGCUUUUAAGGAACAGCUAAAGUAUCCUGUGGUGAAGAUUGUGAGGGAGAAAUACCUGAAGACCACAGCAUUUGAGACCCAGGAGGAGCUCCAGGCAUUCCUCAGUGAGCUCUACGUGUACCUCGUGGAACAGAUGCACGUUGCCCUGAACCAGCUCCUCUCUGAGGAAGGUGCUUCUCCCGCCCCUCCAUCCCGCACCACCCAGGAGCAGCUCGGGCUCUUUGCUCGCGAAGCUGAAGCCAACAAGGACUACAAACUGGCCUCUCUGUACCACCAGCAGAGGAUAACUCAGGACCAGCACAACAUCCAGGCCUGGCUGGACUAUGGAGCCUUCUGCCUCCUGCACGAGGACACCACCAAAGCCCAGGAAUGCUUCCAGCAGGCUCUUUCUGUGGAUCUCCAGCACGUCCAAAGUUUGCUGCUCUGUGGGAUCGGGGCUGUCAUGCUGCAGCACUAUGAGGAUGCAGAGGUUUUCUUUGAGGAUGCCUGCUGCUUGGAGCCAUCCAGCAUCGUAGCCUGGACCCUCUCAGGUUUGUUUUAUGAGCUGCAGAAUAAUAAUGUUCAGGCAGAGAGGAACUUCCGUGAGGCCAAGAAGCUCCUGCAAGCACAGCUCAGUGAGGAGAGAAGAAUCCCCGAGGCUGCUGAGGGAGGAGAAGGGAAAAAGGACAUUUCUCCCAGCACAGACCCAGAGGAAUUCUUGCCAGAGGGGGUUCCAGAUGGCUCAGCUGACAAACUUUCAGAAGUGGUGGAGCCUGCCCUGGCCUGUGUGACAUCCAAGGAAGAGGCUGUGGCACCAGACACAGCCCUGGAAGCACCAUCCCUUGAUUCAGGAUCUCACCAACCUCCCUGCACAGUCUUCAUGAAGGCAGUGGAAUUCCUGAUGAAAGUCAAUGCUAUCCAGUUUGUUCACAAGGCACUGGCCCACGAGCUGCUGAGCCCCCAGGGAGGCCCCAGCUGUGGGUAUUACCUGGCACUGGCCCGGACAUAUCUGCUGCAGGAAGAUGUCCCCAGAUGUGAGCAGUGUCUGCAGGAGGCCGUUCGGAUUGACUGCACGAACCCAAAUGUCUGGGCUCAGAAAGGACACCUGUGGUACCUGAAGGGGGACUGUGGCCAGGCAAAGGAGUGCUAUGAGCGAGUGGUCAGUUUUGUGGAGGAUGCUGUGGACAUGCACUUUGUCUACCUGCGCCUGGGCUCCAUCUACCUGGAAGAGAAAGAGUAUGGCCGGGCCAGGCAGAUCUACCUGCUCGCCUGUGACAACUCUGCAUCCUGUCUCACAUGGCUGGGGGUGGGGAUUGCCUGCUACAGGCUGGGAGAGCUGGUGGAAGCAGAAGAUGCUCUCUCUGAAGCCAAUGCCCUAGAUAACACCAACGCUGAAGUGUGGGGAUAUCUUGCCCUCAUCUGUCUGCGAGGCGGGCGGGAGCUGGAGGCAGAGCAGUGCUACAAAUACACCGUCAAGGUUCGUGUCUGUACCCCCGCAGGGGCCGCCCGCCCUGUUCCCUCCACAGCUGCAGGUGGCUCAGGACACCCUGAUAAUGGGGUGCCACCAGGGCAGGGAACCUUGGGACGUCGGGUUCCAGGUACACGGGGUAACAGGGGGUGUCCAGAUGUGGAUUCUGUCCCCCCACUGAUCCCGGUGCCGGUACCAGCAGCCUGGCAGCGUCCCUACCUGAACAUCUUCAAGCACUUCCGUGUGGAGGAGUGGAAGCGUUCUGCCAAGGAGGGGGAUGUGGCUGCCCUCACGGACACGAGGCUGAAGGGAACAAUCUACCGGAUCCGGGGCUCCAACCCUGCCAGCAGUUACCUGCAGCUGCCCCGGGCUGGGACACAGUCACUGGGGCUCACGGGGCGCUACCUCUACCUGCUCUUCAGGCCCCUGCCCCACAAGCACUUCCUCGUUCACCUGGAUGUCACCACCGAGGAAAACCAGGUGGUUCGCAUCUCCUUCUCCAGCCUCUUCAAGGAGUUCAAAUCCACAGCCACCUGGCUGCAGUUCCCCUUUGUCUGUGGAGCAGCCAAGGACUCAGCGGGUGACUCUGUGUCCCGGCGUGGUGCCUCUGGAGCAGCCCCUGCCGAUGUGCGCUGGACGUGCCUGGUGCUGGACCUGCCCUCCAUCCUCUCCCUGUACCUGAACCGCCGGUACAGCCACCUCAGGGCUGUCAAGCUCUGCUCCAACCUGCUCGUGAAGAACCUCUGCACCAGCGACUUGGUGUUCGACCCAGGUGUGACCUUCUCCAAGGCCCGGCACACCGACCUGGCCUGCCGUGGGAUCGCUCCCAUGCCAAGGGAAAUGGCAUUCCCUGUGCCCAAGGGAGAGAAGUGGCAUGACCUCUAUGACUACAUCAGGUUCCCAUCCGAGGGGCUGAAGCUGCCGUACAACUCCAUCCAGAGGAGCUGUCCCAGUCCUGCAGCAGGUGACGGAGCCUCGGAGGAGCCUGUCCGCCAGCCCCCGCCGGUGACGCUCACCAGGGCCGUGUGUGACCGCCUGUCCCUCAGCCACCACAUCACCAGUCCCAAAGCUGUGCCACGCCGGUCUCCUGUAAUCACAAAAGGCAUCCCUGAGGUUCACCUGACAGCUCCGAGAGCUGUGCCUGCUGGGCACCUGGUGCCAGAGGAGAACCAGAGACUGCACAGUGUGGGGGACACUGGGCAGCCACCAUCAGCCAUCCAUGUCUACGCUCAUCAGAGGGGUGGACAGGCCACCCGAGCUGUCCCCGCCGGCUCAGAGGAGAGGCUCUUACCGGAUCCCAUCCUGAAGCUGAGAACGAUUAUUGGCUUUGGAGGCUGCAGCACCAAAUGGGCGCUGUGGACGCAGAACAACGCCGCGGUGGUGUAUCCCUGCCACGCCGUCAUCGUCGCCCUGCAGCUCCGCACCGGCGAGCAGAGGUUCUUCCUUGGCCACACAGAUAAGGUGUCAGCGCUGGCCUUCAACGGGAGCAGCACCUUGCUGGCCUCGGCGCAGGCCGGGCCCCGGGGCGUGGGGCGCCUCUGGGACUUCCGCACAGGCACCUGCCUGGCUGUGUUCAAAACCCAUGUGCACUCCCUCUGGUCCCUCAGCUUUUCCCGCAGCGGAGCCGUUCUGUGCGGAGUCGGGAGGGACGGCCAUGGCAAAACGUUGGUGGUGGUGUGGAACACUGCUCAAGUAACCCGUGGUGGAGGGGUGGCUGUGCUGGCCAAAGCACACACAGAUAUGGACAUCCAGGCCUUGAAGAUUGCUUUCUUUGAUGAGACCAGGAUGGUGUCGUGUGGCCGGGACAACAUCCGGCUGUGGCGAGUGCGGAGCGGGGCCCUGCACUCGUGUCCCGUCAACCUGGGCGAGUACCAUUCCCUGGACUUCACCGACCUGGCCUUCGAGGAGGGGCCCGUGGCUGAGCAGGAGCAGGAGGACCGUGCGCUCUUUGUCUGCAGCAAGAGCGGCCACGUGCUGGAGGUGGAUUACAAGAACAUGUCUGUGCGGAGCGCGCGGCGGCUGCUGCCGGCACAGCCCCGGGAACACGGGCAGGAGCAGGCAGGGAGCAGCUCAGGCCCUGGGAUUGCUAUAAACAGCAUUAGUAUGUCCUUGACCUUCUGUGCCACGGGAUCAGAGGAUGGCUACGUGAGGCUGUGGCCACUGGACUUCUCAGCCGUUGUCUUGGAGGCAGAGCACGAGGCUCCGGUGAGUUCUGUCUGCAUCAGCCCUGACAGCUGCAAAGUCUUGUGCAGCACAGCUGCUGGGAGCCUGGGCUACGUGGACAUCCAGUCCCGGGACUACAACACCCUCAUGCGCUCGCACAAGGCCGCCGUGCUGGGCUUCUCGGUGGGCGGCCUUCGGAAGCAGAUAGCAACAGUGUCUCAGGACAGCACCAUCCGAGUGUGGGACCUGGUCUCCAUGCAGCAGCUGUAUGACUUUGCAGCCACAGAGGAAGCGCCGUGUGCCGUGGCUUUCCACCCCACCUGGAAGAUCCUGGCCUGUGGAUUUGACAGUGGGACCGUGCGGACCUUCAGCUUGGCCGCCUCCAAUCUCCUGCUGGAGCACAAGCAGCACCGCACUGCCAUCACCGGGCUGACCUUCUCUCCAGAUGGCAAUUUCAUGUUCAGCUCCUGUUUGCAGGGCACUCUGGCUCUGUACAGGUGUGUGGCGCAGAAGAGCCACGUCCUGAGGGCCCUGGGAAACGUGGUGGCCCGGGAUGCUGGGAGCGGUUGGGAUGCCCUGGUGGUCAGUGGGGACAGUCACCUCCUGGCCUUCGUGGGGCCCUCCAAGUAUGUGGUGACCGUGAUGGAGGCCUGUUCUCUUGAUGAGCUGCUGAGGGUGGACAUCAGCAUUCUUGACUUGCACAGCACUGUCUUGGACUCUGCAGUGAGGGUCUGCUUUGGUCCUGUGCCUGAAGGCGAGCUCCUGGUAUCCACUUCUUCCAAUAAAAUCCUCGUGCUUGAUGCAAAAACAGGGCGACUGGUGCGAGAGGUGUCCCCCAUGCACAAGCUGACGUGUUCUUCCUUUGCACUGAGCAGGGAUGGCCAGUACCUGCUCACUGCUGGUGACAAGGUUAUCAAAGUGUGGGACUAUCGGAUGCGCUUCGAUAUCAACUUCCAGGUGUACAUCGGCCACUCGGAGCCCGUGCACCAGGUCGCCUUCACCCCGGAUCAGCAGCACGUUGUCAGUGUUGGAGAUGCCAUCUUCCUCUGGGAUUUCCUGGCUCCAGUUGGAGCAAGGUCACCCCCAGCCAGGGCUCGUUCCUCCGCAUCUGCUCAGCUGCCAGGACCAGAAGGCAGCUCUGAGAAGCCAAAGGAUGUCUCUGAGACCCUUAGGCAGACAGUGCCUCUUCCACUGCUGUCCUCACCCCCGUGUUUGGAUAUCAGCUCUGCCCACCAAGCAGGAUAUCAAGGUGUUUUCUCUGAGUUGGACAAAGAGGAGGAAGCAGGUCUGCCAGGCAGCAGCAGGAUGGUGGCAAACAGAGACAAAGAUCCCUCAAUCUUUGUGGUGGAGUCAGACAGGAACAAGGAGCUCGUGAGGCCCAAAGUGAGGCAGGAGAGCCCAAGUUCUCCUGAAAAAUCAACAAAUGAAACCAGGAAGGGAACCAAAACUCCCAAGUCCCAGUGCUCCAUCCGCCCGGAUUCCUACCGGCACUUCACUCCUCGCUUCAAGGCAUCGCUGCUGCCCCAGAGUUUCCUGUCUCCUCCAGCAGGCAGCGAGGUCUUGAAGCUGAAAGCAGUGAUUGGCUACAAUGGAAAUGGCAGAGGGAACAUGGUGUGGAACCCAGAUACAGGCUUCUUCGCCUACUCCUGUGGCUGCGUCAUCGUGGUUGAGGACCUGCACUCGGGGUCCCAGAACCACUGGCUGGGCCAUGCUGAGGAGAUCUCCACGCUCGCCCUCAGCCACAACGCCCAGGUUCUUGCCUCUGCCUCAGGGAAGAAGGAUGGAGACUCUCACUGUCAGAUCUGCAUCUGGAGCAUCCCAGAUGGGGCCUGCACAGCAGAGCUCUUCCACCACGAGACACAAGUACAAGCCAUGGCGUUCUCUCGGGAUGACAAAUUCCUUGUCACCAUAGGGGACUACAGUGACCAGAGCAUUGCUUUGUGGAGCACCUACACGUACCAGCUCCUCCUGUCCACUUGUGUCUCGGAGCCAGUUCAUGACGUGGCUUUCAGCCCUGUGUCUCACCAAGACCUAGCCUGUGUGGGGAGAGGAGCUGUGAUGUUUUGGCUGCUGGAGCAGCAGGGAGCUGCUGUCAACCUCAAGGUUCAUCAGGCCCCUGCCCCGGACGUGCUGGGGCUGGUGGAGCUCACGUCUCUCUGUUAUGGUGCCGACACUCUUCUUUACAGUGGGACCAACUCAGGCCAGAUCUGUGUGUGGGACACUGAGACCAAUUGCUGCUUCAUGACAUGGGAGGCUGACGAGGGCGAGAUCGGGGUGCUGCUGUGUCGGCACGACAGGCUGGUGAGCGGCAGCAACACGAAGCGCAUCCGCCUGUGGGCAGUGGGCAGCGUGCAGGAGCUGAGGCUGAAGGGGCCUGAUGCCAGGUCCAGCUCGGUCCUGCUGGAGCACGAGAUCACCCUGGAUGGGACGAUCGUCAGCGCAGCCUUUGACGACUCCCUGGAAAUGGGCAUUGUGGGCACCACAGCAGGAACCCUGUGGUACAUCAACUGGCUGGAGAGCACGAGCAUCCGGCUCAUCAGCGGCCACAAGAGCAAGGUGACCGAGGUGUGCUUCAGUCCUGACGAGACUCACUGUGCCACGUGUGGGGAGGAUGGCAGCGUGAGGGUCUGGGCUCUGAGCAGCACAGAGCUGGUGGUCCAGUUCCAGGUGCUCAACCAGAGCUGCCAGUGCCUGGCCUGGAAGCCUCGUCCCAUCGGGCUGUGGGGAGCUGAGAGCCAGCACGUGGUGGCAGGAUACAGUGAUGGCACCAUCCGUGUGUUCAGUGUUUCCAGGACAGAAAUGGAGCUGAAAAUGCACCCCCACAACGCUGCACUGACAGCAAUCACCUACUCCACGGAUGGAGAAAUGAUCUUAUCAGGGGGCAAGGAUGGGCUGGUGGCUGUGAGCAGCCCUCGCACUGGAAUGACCAUCCAUGUCGUGGCUGACCACAAAGGCUCCCCCAUCACUGUUCUCCAGUGCACCAGGAAGCAGUACCACGACUUCGGGGUGGAAGGGGGUGAGCUCUGGCUGGCCACGAGCUCGGACCGCCGGGUCAGCGUCUGGGCCUCCGACUGGCUCCAGGACAAGUGUGAGCUCCUCGACUGGCUCAGCUUCCCAGCUCCUGCCGACCCCGAGGGUCUCGACCUCCCUCCCAGCCUGGCUGCGUUCUGCCCUUGGGAGCAAGAUGUCCUGGUCUACGUGGGGUUUGGGAUGCAGGAGGAAGCCUUGUUCUACAAUCUGCGCAAGAAGCAGGUGGUCAGGAGAGUCUCCUUGCCAGCCUUUGCCACCUCGCUCAGCCUGUCCCCGGCCGCACCCUUCAUGGCCCUCGGCUUCCACGGUGAGUGCUGGGGCUGCCGGGGCCUCUCCACGGGGAGGGGUCUCCCCUUCUGCUGUGAGGGGGGAACAAGGGGCCUUGUUCCAUAAAAUGAGACACAUGCACACACCUCAUAUCCUCAAACCCUGGGAGCUACAGUCCAGGGCAAGGAGAAACCUCUGAGAGACUCCUAGGUCAGAAAUGAGAUGCAUGAGCUCAGUCCUGCUUGUCCAGGGGCAGGAUUUGUCACUGGAAUGACUUCCCAGGGUUAUGGGCUGCAGCCCAGGAGGCAGCAGGGACCUUCCCAUGGCAGGGGACAGUCACAACCCUGCUCCUGACAAGGGCACCUCGCUGCUAGAGUGCUUUGGAUCUGCCUGUCUCGUGUCACUCAGCUCAGCAACUCCCAGCUCAGCAGCAGGGAGAGAACCUGGGGGGGUGACCAGGAACGGUGCUCCUGGCAGAGACAAGUCUGGAGAGGGUCCAGGUGUGCCAGGGAAGGGUGGUCCUGGCAGGGAAAAGCC